AUGGACCUUGAGUCAGUAAUUCGAUUGCGAUGCAUUGUACUAUGGGAAUGCCCAUUGUUAUACAUUAUCUCAUAAGAGAAUCAUCCUCCGAAAGUAAGAUAUGAGUAAAUUCAUGCUAACGAUCAUCUUGUGAAUAUACUUAUGCUUUAGACCCAUAGAAUAGAAAGUUGCAUUGUUUACUACAGUAAGUCUUCAUAUCGUCAUGCCAUUUAAUGGUGUUACUAUCGCCGGCAGGAGAGACGUAGCGACGAGACGGCCAGCUGGACUGUUGUAGGCCGUGCAAACCAGCCCACGUUCCAAAGAGCUACCAUCUCGACCAUGUCUCCGUACCCAAGGCUCCACGCGUGCCCUAGAUGUUCCUACACCACUAGCGUGACCACUAAUAUGAAGAACCACAUGCUGACACACACUGACGAAAAGCCCUAUGCCUGUGACCAAUGCUCUUAUCGCUCCAAGCAGAAGGGCAACCUGAAGCGACACAUCAUGACCAAUCACGGUGCCACCUCGCAGUCUCUCGAAUCUUCGAAGGUGGAUCGAGGGCCGUGCCUGCCAGCGACCACCACCAACUCCUGGAUGAUGCCGGUCGGGCCCCCAGGAACAGGACGGCCGCCGAGGGUCCUGCAGUGCUCCUAUUGCUCCUACAACACCGUUUUCAGGACCAACUACCUCAAUCAUGUCCGGAAACACACCGGCGAGAAGCCCUUCAAGUGUCCUCACUGCAACUACUGCUCUACUCAGAGAAGCAACUUGACCCGCCAUAUGCUUCGCUGCCCAGCCAAGCCGCGAUCCCCUAGGUUUCUCAUUGUUGGUGUGGGCUUGUUUGGGUUUAUGGCAAUAGGAAAAAUAUCUACAUUUAUGAAUUUGUGUAUUUGUGCUCUAAUCUGCACUUGUUUGAGGAGCAUUAUACAAGCUGUCGCCUUUGCCGGUAUAGCUGGAGUAUUGAGACAUGAUCAUCUGGUGACAUUAGCAGAUACAUGGCAACCUCGCUUGGAUGCGAAUGUGGGGAAAGGCCCAAGGCGCCAGCACGAGUGCUCCUACUGCCCCUACAUUGCACGAGACAAGACUGAUCUUCGUAAGCACUCGUACACCCACACCGGAGAGAAACCGUAUGCCUGCCCCUAUUGCCCUUAUCGUGCUAGGCAAAACAGCUGUAUAAGAACACACAUGAGGAGGCACCAUUCUUUUUCCAUGAUAUAGUGCUUUUGGUAAUACAUGUUGAAAUACAAGGGAAAGAAAAUAUUACCUGAUAAACUUAUUAAACCAUAUGAACUUGUUCAGUAUUACCAUUGUAUGUAACAAAAAUCUGCUCAAUACUAAGUCAAUAAAGCCAAUACAUCUA